AUGUUAUGCGAGCGCAUGGAGGUGACCGCCCCGACCUUCUUGUGCCUGGAGGUGCCCGUCGGCAUCUACGAGCGCAUGGAGGAAUCCAUCGACACGAUCGAGUGCGAGAAGUUGAUGGCCGUGAUCCUAGGCCUGGAUGCCGUAGUGGGCCUGGAGGGGAUCCAGGGCCUGGCGGUGGUCAAGGGCCUCGAUGCGUCCGUCGGCGUUCCAGGGCCUGGAGGUGACCAUCGUGAUCUUCGUGUGCCUGGAGGUGACCAUCAAUGUUCUCGCGUGCUCAGAGAUGACCGUCGUCUUUGUCGUGCGCCUGGGAAGGAUCGCGCACACGGUGGACCGCCGCCUGGGCCCCCCCAGCUCCCUGAUGAAGUUGGAGGUGACAGCCGUCGGCUCCGGGCGCGCGGAGGUGCCCUUCGUGAUCCCCGGGCCUGGACGCGACAGGGGGCCUCGGCGCGGGCGAGGGCCUGGUGA